UUCUGCGUUUACUGCAGCUUUGAUUUUGCUUGGCUGUAGGUGGCGCCAGAGGAGGGUAACAUUUGAAGCGACGAGGAAGAGUCUGUUGUUACUGAUGUUGGCGAAUAAACCGUUAGGAGCGUUCAUCAGAGAUGGCAGGUAGGAGGAGGCUGCUGCCCUGCGUGGGUCUGGGGCUGCUCGCUGUCCUCUGCUGGGUGUGGGUCUCCUUCGCCUCUCUCUCUGGAGACCAGCUGCACCUGGACGUAUUGGAUGCGCCAGACCGAGGAGCCUUUCAGCCACAGAGCGCUUUGUCGGACAUGGAGUUUGCCUCUGUCGCCUCAUACAGAGGACCAGGGAACAGUGACCGCCGCAGCAAAAGGGAGCUGCCCAUUCUCCUGUGGUGGAGCGGGGGACUUUUCCCACAUUUCCCCGGUGACACUGAACGCGUCGACUGCGCCACGUCCUCCUGCUUGGUGACGAGCAAUCGCAAGGUCCAGUUGUACAAGAGGACAGCAUCCAUCAUCUUUUACGGGACAGACUUCAGGGCAUACGAGGCGCCACUUCCUCGCCUGCGCCACCAGACCUGGGCACUUUUCCACGAGGAGUCACCAAUGAACAACUACAUCCUCUCUCACGGACCUGGAAUCCGGCUGUUUAAUUACACGGCCACAUUUCGUAGGGAGUCAGACUACCCCCUGACCCUGCAGUGGCUGCCCUCCCUGGAGUACCUGCUGGAGCCUGUGGCUGUGUCUCUGGAGGAAAAGAACCGCCUCAGGAGGGAGGGCUUGGCUCCAGUUCUUUACAUGCAGUCUCACUGUGACGUGCCGUCAGACAGAGACCGAUACGUUCACGAACUCAUGAAGUACAUCGAGGUGGACUCUUAUGGGAAAUGCUUGAACAACAGGCCCCUACCGGAACACCUGGAGGACACGGCCACCGCUACUGGCGAGGAACCCGGAUUCAUGAAUUUCGUCGCACGCUACAAGUUCCACCUGGCGCUGGAGAAUGGCGUGUGUCCAGAUUACAUGACGGAGAAGCUGUGGCGGCCCCUCCAUCAGGGCUGCGUGCCCGUCUACCAAGGCUCCCCGGUGGUGGCUGACUGGAUGCCCAACGACCACUCUGUCGUAAUUAUAGAUAGCUUUCCCUCUCCCAAAGCUCUCGCUGACUUUCUCAAGCGUCUGGAUGAGAACGAUGAUGAAUACGUUAGAUAUUUAGAGUUCAAGGACCCCAGAAGGAUUACUAACACUCGCUUGCUGGAGGGCUUGGACUCCCGUGAGUGGGGAGUUAACGACAUGAGCAAGCCUAACUACUUAAAUGGAUUUGAAUGUUAUGUUUGUGAGCAGGAGAAUGCCCGAUUGGCUGCAGAGAGAGCAUAUAGGAAAGCCCCCCAAAAAACCCAACCUCCUCAGCGUAAAAUGGCCAGCAACUCCCACAUGGGUUGCCCACUGCCCAGCCCAGGGUACGGAGACAUCAAAGACCUGCCUGCAGAUGACGGAUGGUUGCAAAUAUGGCCGCAGGACUACUGGCAGAGCCUCGACCAGGCCGAGGGGCUGGAGUCCCUGAUAAGACACAACGAGUCGGACUCUUCUCUGCUGUGGAAGCACAUCCAAAACAUAGCUGUGAGCAGAGCCAGAGGGAAACACUGACACAGGCUCGGAAACAAACAGAGCGUGGCGCCCGUCCAGCUCUGCAGGGGGGCCCAUAUUAUGAGUCCCCUCUGUUUAAAUGACGGAUUGACUCGUGGUUACACAACUGAGCCAGAAAACCGUUAUAUUUGUGGAUUAUGGCGUCUUACAAAAGUAUCCCAACCCCUGGAGCUUGUUCACAUUUUGUGACAUUACAACCAAAACCUGAAUGUGUAUUAUCAGGAUUUCAUGUGAAGUUUUUUUUUAAAUGGAUGGAAAAUGAUGCAUGGUUUACAAAUAGACAGGCAUAUGCAUUCAGUCCCCUGAAAUGAAUACUAGAAUCAUCUCAAUCAGCUUCAAGUCAUUUGCACAUCCAGGGACAGAUUUUGCAUGACUUUUGCAAUUAGUCGGAGCUCAUAUUGAACGUAUAGCACCUAUGGUCGGUGAUUGUAUGAUUCACUGAUGUAUACAGUUGGAAUAUCGCAAAAAUAUGAAUGGAAAAAUGUAAAGGGUUAGAAAUA